UACUCUCAGGUCAGCGUGGCGCUUGAUCUGCGCUAUUAUGUCUUACCGAGGCUGAAAGGCUGGCUGUCCCGAACACCGUAACUGACCCCAACUGGUUUGCAUAACCAGGGCUAUCUAUCAUUCCUUCCCCGCAAUAUCGGGUCAACCGCGGUCCCAAGGGUGCCUGGGGCAUGUUGGGGCUAAUGUCAUCGCCAAAGAAGAAAGCAUCUCAGGGACGAGAUCUUGCUUUGCCCAAGGCAUACCAUCAUUGUAAUUGAUCAGGAUGUCGCUCGCUACGACCGCCGCGGCGGCGGCGGUCUCUACCGCUCUCGGCUUGUACUUGAACGCCAGAUACUCCAUAGGCAGCGACAUUGCUCAGAUUCGUGGAGCUCGAAGAAUACAAAAAUACGCACAGCGUCUCUAUGAGGAACAUGGAGAGGAUGAUUGGUCCUUCUACCAUGUCCUUCACUGCACUUACGGGUCAAACGAUGACCAAGAAGCUUUCGUCUUCGAAGGUCGUAGUUGGACCGACGGUCGUUUCAGAGAGGACAUCGGCCGCUGUGCAGAAGCACUCAAGCGUCUUGGAGUCAGGAAUCGAAUGGUGGUCGGCUUGUUCAUCAACAACUCGCCCGAAUUCAUGUUCACCUGGUGGGCGUUGUACAAGAUCGGCGCGAUCCCAGCCCCUAUCAAUACAUCGAUUACUGGUGCCCACAUCAAGCAUUGCCUCAUGGUCAGCGAGGCAGAAAUGCUCAUCACUACCUUCGAACUAUCCAGUACAAUCGCGAAGACAUUUGAUCUCAACGAUGGUACAAAGGAUUUCAGAGGCGACCCUUUGUGUCCUCGGCUUGGCCACAUGCUGUUAUACGACUACGACACUUACCCCUUUCUAAGUCAGUGGUCAACCAAAAAAGGCGUUACUCUGCUGCAACAUUCGAAGCUCCCUCCAGCAACCCGGGAAAUAGGAGACUUCCCUAAGUCUUCGAGACCAAAGGUUCUACAUACCGACGCUUCCCAAUACCUCUUUACAUCAGGCACGACCGGCCUGCCUAAGGCUUUGAUCUGGCCGGCCGGAUACAGUCUGACAGGUUCAUGUCCAAACAGAUACCCAGGGAUGAACGCUAGACGACGGCGAUUCUAUAUCUGCUUACCCAUGUUUCAUGGCACUGCGACAUUCGCAGCUCUACCUGCCACCUUUACGACCUCAGGCACAGUGAUUCUAGCGCGAAGAUUCUCUCGGCGAGAAUUCUGGGCGGAUGUACGCCGAUCAAAAGCAAAUGCUAUUCUAUAUAUUGGGGAGAUGCUCCGAUAUCUGGUGCAAUCUCCACCUGACCCCCAAUUCCCAGACGAGAAGGACCACGGAGUGGAUCUGGCGUUUGGCCUCGGUCUGGCGCCAACUGUGUGGCGUGCAGUGAGAGAACGAUUCGGCAUUCCCUGGAUAGUCGAGUACUAUUCUGCAAGCGAGGCGACGACUUCGAUUCUCGUCUCAAACAAGAACGAUCUCGGCGUUGGUAAAGUUGGACGUUGGGGGCCUCUUAUGCGUAGCAAUUUCUUUCAAGAUAAGUUCUAUAUUGUACGCACGGAUCUGGAAAUUGGUGAGAUCCUACGUGAUCCGAAGACGGGCUUUUGCAUGAGAACACGGCCCGGCGAGGUUGGUGAGUCAAUAUGCAGGAUCGCGCCCCCCGUUCAGCGGCGGCACGAUUACGUGGGUGAAGGAGGACAAGAGGCAACGCAGAAAAAAGUGAUCAAGAACGUGUUUGCCAGAGGAGAUGAGUUCUUCAGGCUGGGAGAUGCCAUGGUGAUUGACGAAGACGGCUUUGUGUCCUUCCACGAUCGACUGGGCGAUACAUAUCGGGCAAAGGGGCACAAUAUCUCGACAACCGAAGUUGAAGGGUGUCUGAGUCGACAUCCCAGUAUCGCCUCAGUCAAUGUUUAUGCUAUUCCAAUGAAUCGUUAUGGGUACGACGGGCAGCUGGGCUGUGCAGCGAUAACAUUCACAGGCGGAGGGAGCUCUACUUCCGACAAGCCGGACGUCCAGGAGCUGGACACCAUUAAAGAGCUCGAGAAAUGGGCGACGACAGAUGCGAAUGCUUUGCCUGGAUAUGCCGUACCACGAUUCCUGCGGGUGCUGGUCUCAGAUCGAAAAGAGAUCAACAGUGGUAAUGAUAUAGGUGCCGAUAGGGUUUCCCUCAUCAUGAAGAAGCUCAAAACGGGACUUCGCUCAGAAGGCUUUGUUCUACCGGCAGAUGGCAGGGAUAGGAUCUACUGGAUCGAGAAGGAGGGUUCCGGUUAUGUACCUCUGACGACCGAAGUAGUGCAGGCUCUUCUCGCUGGCAAGGCUCGAUUAUGAGAAUGGUUGUAACCCAGAUGAAGGCAUAGCCUUUGGUACGCUGUAGCUGGUGAUAGGCGCUGUAUUUGACAAAGUCAAGGGCAUAAUCGCUAGAUCCAUCAAGUUACCAUAGAUGCAAUUACUCC